CCUCUGUUCUUCGUUGGUGCCUGGUCGCUCGACGUCCCUCCACGAAACACGUCCAUUCAUUUUUGUAAAUCGUAGCAUUAAAAUAAACACUUUAGCUGUUUUUUUUUUGUUAUCUAACUCGGGAUGAUUGAACCUAAGAAGAGAGUGGCGGACAUGGCGGUGGUUCCUGCCGCCGUGAAGCGGCCGCGGACGGAGCUGGUGGCGGCAGCCCAGUCCCAGCAACUCGUGGCCACGGGUCCCCCACGCAGCUCCAGCCUGCAGGCUCCCAUUAUGCUGAUGUGUGGCCACGAGGGCGAGGUCUACUGCUGCAAGUUCCACCCCAAUGGAGCCACGCUGGCCUCCUCAGGAUUUGACAGGCUCAUAUUGAUGUGGAAUGUGUAUGGAGAUUGUGACAAUUUUGCCACUCUGAAGGGCCACAGUGGAGCAGUGAUGGAGCUGCACUACAACACAGAUGGCAGCAUGCUGUUUUCGGCGAGCACAGACAAGACUGUGGGUGUGUGGGACAGUGAAACAGGCGAGAGGAUCAAGCGCCUGAAGGGCCACACCUCCUUCGUUAACACCUGCUAUCCGGCCCGCCGAGGGCCUCAGCUCAUCUGCACCGGCAGCGAUGACGGGACAGUCAAGCUGUGGGACAUUCGUAAGAAAGGAGCCAUCCACACUUUCCAGAACACCUACCAGGUGCUGGCGGUGACGUUCAAUGACACCAGUGACCAGAUCCUGUCAGGAGGCAUCGACAAUGACAUCAAGGUGUGGGACCUGAGGCAGAACAAGCUGAUCUACAACAUGCACGGCCACGGUGACUCAGUAACUGGACUCAGCCUGAGCUCUGAGGGAUCAUACCUCCUCUCAAACUCCAUGGACAACACAGUGCGAAUUUGGGAUGUCCGACCAUUCGCACCCAAGGAGAGGUGUGUGAAGAUUUUCCAGGGAAAUGUUCACAACUUUGAAAAGAAUUUGCUGAGGUGCUCCUGGUCUACUGAUGGCAGUAAGAUAGCUGCAGGCUCAGCCGACAGAUUUGUGUAUAUCUGGGACACCACAUCACGUAGGAUCCUGUACAAGCUGCCGGGCCACGCUGGCUCUGUCAACGAAGUGGCCUUUCACCCAGAGGAGCCUAUAGUGCUGUCUGGCUCCAGUGAUAAACGGCUCUACAUGGGAGAAAUUCAGUAGAGUGUGUGUGUACGCGUGUCAGCCUGGAUGAGUGAGUGAGUGAGUGAG